AUGGCGCCAAUCGCGGCAGCCACGUCAGCUCGUUCGCCCGCUCUUCGCGGGGAUACUCCCGCCUCCGCGCCUGCCGCUUCUCCCCGUGCUGGUGUUUCGGAGAGUGCUACUAACGGUCGUGAUUAUAGCGAGUAUGGAGCAGAGGGAAUGUGGGGAGCAGAGGCGGAAGAUAAGGGCUUGAAUGAGGGUGACGAGUUGAAAAAGGGGUUUGGAAAAUCGGAGAAUGUAGAGGUAGAGGCUACACUGGAGGAAUUGGAGCAGUCUUUAGCGGAUCUCGAGGAGACUAUUAACGAGGAUAAGACGAAGAGCAUAGGUCGCCUGGAUGCAGCAGAAGCUGAGCUGGCGCAGCGCGAAAGCUUGGGGAUAGGCUCGGACGGGCAGUACGAUUUCGGGGAUUCGAGCUCGUGGGGGGCAGCUGGAGGGGAGGAGGUGAAGGGGGGAGUGGGAGGCAAGGGAAGGAAAAAUGUUGGGGCAGCAGGGGGGGAAGGAAGAGGAGGAGGAGAGGAGAGAGAGGUUGAACAGACGGAAAAUGGGAUGGGAGAGGGUGGGAGGCGUGGCGGUGGAGAGUGCAAGUUGUUUACCUUCUUUGAUCCGAGUCAAGUUGCGGGGGAUGUGGAGCAGGAGGCGAGCCUGCUGCACGUGUGGCAGCUGAGUUGGCUCAAGGCGGGGUGGGUCCCCGUGGUGCUGCGAGGGGAGGAGAGCAUAAAAGAACACGGAGAAUAUAACGAGAUGCUGACACGCGCAGUGGAGGGGGCGGGGGGCGUGGCAAUGAAGCCCAUCGUGACUCGCUGGCUAGCCGUGGCAGCAGCAGGCGGGGGACUGUUUGCUCACUACGAUGUCAUCAACUUCGGGGUACCCCCCCCUGCCAACUGCCUUAUUGGACCGCUGUCCACUUAUGGGGAUCUGUUCCCCUUCAUGCUCUCCGGCCAGCCAGACGACUUUGCGCGCCUAGCCCAGGCGCGCCUACCACUGCCAAUGCAGGCAGCCCAUCCCGCCCCCAGUAUCACGGGGGUGGUGUCGCCUCGCUUCCGUUUCCCUGCUGUGAGGGGCAUUGUGCGCUGCUCCCCUGCUGCUCUGCCGCUCUUCCUUCAGCCUCCCAUCCUCCAGAACCUCUAUCCCGGCAUGCCCGUGCCAGCAGGCAUUUCUAACUUGGAAUUUCUCCACGCUCUCACACACCACCUGCAAUCUCUUCCUGUGAAUCAAGAAGAUUCCACCACCGAUAACCGCCUCUCCCGGGCCGUAUCCCGGGUCCUAAACAUCCCCCUUACAGCAGCUCCGUUAGCAGUAGAAACACAGAAGCAGACAGUUGCUGUCGCACGAUACGACAUGGCGGGGGAUGUGGUAACCGUGUUACAAGCAGCGCUGGGGUUCAGGAUAGGCAGGGGGGAGGGAGAGGCGUUAGAGAAUGCUGUGAGGGCGGGGUGGGAGGCGACAAGGCCGUUUGCGUCGCAUGUGCAUGGGGAGGUGUUGGAUACGAUUCUGGGGCGCAACCUGGUGGAUGUGCGAUUGCUGCAGGCUGCUGGAGUGAGGGUGGACGAAGCAUUGGCUCGUGCCAAGGUGCUUGAUGGAUAG